AUGACCAUAGUACCACGAACAACUAGGGAGAUCCGAAUUGGGGUCGACUGUGGAGGUACGAAUACCGAUGCGGCUGUUCUGGAUCUCACUCCAGGGGCAAGUAAAGUCGUUCUUGCCGCAGCAAAGAGUCCGACUACUCCUCAGGUUACUCAUGGUAUACAGAAAGUAAUUUCUGUCGUCCUGAAACAAUGUACGGAUAUAUCUCGGGACGAUGUACGAGCCGUAUCUAUAGGAACAACUCAUUUCGUGAAUGCCUUAAUCCAAAGAGCAGAAGAAGGAUUAGAACGAGUUGCCGUGAUUCGACUUUGUGGUCCCUUUUCCAGGCGUACUCCACCUUUUGCUGGAUUUCCUUAUGAGCUUCGAGAGAUCCUACAAGGACCAUCGUUUUUCGUAGAGGGUGGUCUGCAGAUCGAUGGAAGUGAGAUCAGUUCUGUUGUACCAAGUGAGAUAGAAGAUGUGUGCGAGAAAAUCAAAGCAGCGGGGAUUCGAGCCGUCGCUAUAUCGGCUGUAUAUGCGCCUAUCGAUUUCACUUUGAAGCAAGAAGAGCAAGUUGAGGCUAUUGUCAAGAGGUGUAUGCCCGGAGUAUUCACUACAUGUUCGAAGAAAGUGGCCAACAUCAGUUUACUCGAACGAGAGAAUGCUACCAUUUUGAACACAUCAUUACUUCCUUUCGCCCACGUAACAGUCAACGGAUUUAGGGAAGCCGCUCGCGCACUCGGUCUGACUUGCCCUGUCUUUGUCACUAGCAAUGAUGGAACUCUUUUGAGUCUUGAGGAAGCUGCCCCUCUACCCAUCCGAACCUUUUCAUCAGGACCGACGAACUCCAUGAGAGGUGCCAGUUUCUUGGCUAAGUUGGCGGAUCCAGAUGCUCCCAGAGAAACAGCGUUAGUAGUCGAUAUCGGCGGAACGACAACCGAAGUAGGGGUUCUACUACCAAGCGGCUUUCCCCGUCAAGCUGCCAGUCAUCACGAGCUCUGUGGAGUUCGACUAAACUUUGCGAUGCCUCACGUCACCAGCAUCGGUCUGGGCGGUGGUUCUCUUGUGAGACAAGACUCAAUCAGCAGCAAGAUUACCGUGGGCCCGGAGUCUGUAGGCUACCGGAUCACAGAAGAAGCCCUCGUAUUUGGUGGCAGAACUCUCACUGCUACGGAUAUUGCUGUCGCCGCUGGUAUCGCUUCUAUAGGAGACGUUUCAACAGUCGGCCAUUUAACUGAAAGCUUUGUCCAGGGUGCAAGAGACAGGAUGAAAGCGAUGCUUGAGAUCACAAUUGAUUCCAUGAAGACGUCUGCCUCCGAUAUCCCUGUUUAUCUUGUAGGCGGUGGCGCUCUACUUGCCCCCGUUCAACUCUCUGGAGCCAGCAAGGUCCAUAGGUUUCCUCAUUAUGAAUGUGCCAAUGCUGUCGGAGCUGCAAUUGCUCAGGUAGCUGGGUCUAUUGACACCGUUGAGGUAAUCUCAGAAAAAUCAAUCGAUCAGGUGAGACGAGAAAUCGAGGAGAAAGCCAUACAAAAGGCAAUUGAUGCUGGUGCAGAUCCCAAAACUGUCAGUAUCAUCGAGUCCGAAGCGAUUCCUGUAGCGUAUACAGCUGGUCGUUGUCGAUUCUUCGUCAAAGCCGCUGGUGAAUGGAGCGGUUCGGUUAAGUCCGCGAUGACUGAAGAUAAUUCACUGGUUCAUCGAGAAGUUGUUCUCCGAUCUAACCCAAGGCGCCCAUCAGGAAAGGAAGAUCCUGUUUGGCUUGCAAGCGAAAUCGAGAAAUAUCGCCCUGAAGUAAUCAAUAGAGUAUGGACACUGAGCACAUUGGACCUCGAUUUCAUUAGAAUAGGCACUUACAUACUCGGGUGUGGUGGUGGUGGUGAUCCUCUUCAAGAGUAUCUCUGCCUUAGAGAGAUGGUCAAUGAGGGUGGCACGAAGAUCCGAGUGAUAGAUAUAGAAUCGUUGAAACCUCAUGAGAUGCUCGGUUGGGGUGGAUGUUUAGGAAGUCCUGAAGUCGGGGCUGAGCGAUGCCUAGGUGAAGAAUACAAUGAGGCUACCACCGAGCUAUACGAAUUUUUGAAGAUCAAUAGGCCAUCUGGGCUUGUUGCCUUAGAGAUUGGCGGAUCCAAUGGAAUGAUCAAUAUGAUCACUGGGUCCAAUUCUAUCCUGGAUAUCCCGGUAGUUGACGGGGAUUUCAUGGGCCGAGCAUAUCCCACAGGCUGGCAAGUAACUCCAAACAUAUACGAUGAGAGUGGUCAGGGGAAACAUUUGGUUCCCGCUUGCAUCUCAAGUGGUGAUGGAAGUAUUAUGUUCAUGACGAAGGCCAAGCUCGACAAAUCAAUUGAUGCUGCCUUCCGAGCGGCUUGCUGUGAAAUUGGUCAUGCCGCCGCGCCACUGAGCGUCGAGUUUUGUCAGAAGGCUAUGGUUAAGAAUACCGUGUCGUUGUCUUGGAGAAUAGGUAGAGCAGUAACUCUUGCCAAUAAACAGCAUAACGUAGCCAACGUUGGUUCCGUGAUCAUCGAUGCGAUCGGUGGAUCUGAAACGGGUAAGAUACUGUUCGCAGGGAAGAUCGUGGACAUCACCAGAAGAGUGUAUAAGGGUCAUACCAUCGGAGAAGUAGUGAUAGGUGCAUCAGCGACUGACGAUGACUCCGAAGGCGAAACGUUUAAAGGCGUACUAAAAAUCCCAUUCAAGAACGAAAAUCUUUAUGCAGUUCACGAAGUAGACGGAAAAUCAGAGGUAGUAGCCACUGUACCGGAUCUCAUCACUGUUCUAGAUGCUGGAAAUGGAGAAGCGUUGGGAACCCCUGACUAUAAAUAUGGCUUGCACGUUAUUGUAUUUGGUGUUACCGCCGCUUCACAAUGGACGGAUUCGAAGAGAGGACUAGAACUCGGUGAUCUCAGAGCUUUCGGAAUCGAGGAUAUCCCUUACAAACCCAUGGGCAAAUAUAUACAGCCAAAGAGUGUGAUAGAAGAGUAUAACUCUCAAAGAUAG